AAUUGUAAAAAAAUUUGUAAACAAAACAUUGAUUUGUAUUUUAUAUACUCUCUAUUCGGUGAUUUUGUAAUCGUAAAAAAAAAAAACAAAAUUGAUAAAUUAAACAUGUCCAAGGUAACAAACGUAAACUCUAGUUUAGCUUACGAGAUACUGUUGUAUUUGAAUAGCUUUUAUUUAGGCAUGUUCUUUGUGUGCGAAGUGGCUAUGGGCAUCUUGAAAGCUAUUAAUGUAUCUUAUCCAGAAAACGUCUUACUGACCGAAGCUGGUAUAUUUUGUGCCCUGUGUCUUGUCGAAGUUAUCCGUAUUUUUCUUGGCCGAAGGGGAAACUUGGCUAGUAAAAAAAUUCCUGUUUUCUUCUCAGUUAUAUUAACUGUGCCAUCUGCUAUCGGUGUCUGCUACUUCCUCAUAUACCAAACCUACAUCCUGCGACUGGAAUACAUAUGGUGUGCAGUAAUGCUUAUGUUCCAUGCAUUAGAACUUGCUUUUGCCAUCCUGUUCAUCUUUACAGUGUGUAAAAAUCAGCAAUAUGAAUAGAAUAAGUGUAAAAGUACCUCACUGCCAAGGAGAUACUGAAUGCCAAAUAUAUGGACUGAAUAAUACAUUCCAAUUUUAAAAAUAA